GACGAUUGCGAAAAGCUCGUAUAUUUAAUCAUAAACUUCAGCUUCUGUAUAUCACUCGAUUCUCCAUUAUGCCAUUGAAAAUUAUCAUCGUUGGCGCAGGUCUGGCCGGUCUAGGCGCUGCCAUCGCCCUAAAUCGACAGGGGCAUGAUAUAGAGGUUAUUGAACAAUCAGGGUUUCUCAAUGAAGUAGGCGCAGCGAUUCAUUUGGCGCCGAACGCGACUCGCAUCUUGAAGGACUGGGAAUGCGAUUUCGAUAGCUUACAACCAGCUCCAUGCAAUCAACUUCAAGUAUGGGAUAAAGCGGGGGGUCAGAUUAGAUUUGAAUUGGUGACGAAAGAGCUUCAGGAAGCCUUGAAUAUCACUGAUGAAUGGCUUCUUGCACAUCGCGUGGACUUGCACAAUACGCUGAGGGCUACUGCUGCGAAGGAGAUUAAUGGAAAAAAGCCUAUCAUUCGAUUGUCUUCACGCGUUGCAUCUGUGGAUGCGGAGGCCGGGGUGGUCCUGUGUGAAGAUGGGACUAAGUAUACCGGUGACUUGAUUAUCGGUGCGGAUGGUAUUCAUUCCCGAACUGUACGCGCAAUAACCAGCAGAGACCAACAAGAAUCCACCGGCCAGGACUGCUUCCGAUUCUUAGUUCCAGUAUCCAAGAUGAUGGCCAAUCCUAUUACCGCAUCUUUUACAGAGCGGAUCAGACUUGACGGAAUGCACGCAUUCACGUCGUAUGACCGCAAGCUCGCGGUUUACCCCUGCCGUCGCGGAACGUUACUCAAUGUGGCCGCUAUCCAUCCGUCAGGUCCUCAAGGUACUACUGGGCCAAGGCAAUCAUCGUGGUUGGAUGGGGGAAGUUUGGACCGGUUACUGGGGGUCUUUGAAGGAUUUGGGCCGGAGUUGCUGGAGAUGUGCAGGAUGGCUGAGGAUAUCAAGCUGUGGAGUUUGGGAUCUCGAAAACCCCCUCACACCUUUUUCAAGGACAAGCUGGUCCUAAUUGGUGAUGCAGCUCAUCCUACCCUUCCUCACCAAGGCCAAGGUGGCGCACAGUCCUUCGAAGACGGCGCAGCCUUAUCUGCCGUGCUCCCAUCCGACACAACGAUAGAGCAACUCCCCCAACGACUCGAAAUGUACAACCAAGUCCGCUAUGCCCGCGCGCUGACGGUGAUGAUCCUGUCCAGGAUGGACGAUGGGCGUCGGGGUGAAAUGGCAGAUGAAUUGAGGAAUUAUGUGCCUGAUGCGGAGGUUCCGGAGAAUAUGUUCUCGUUUGCUUGGAAUUCGUACCCGGCGAGGGAGGCUGAAGUCUUGUUGCAAGCUGCGGAAUGCGUUUAAAUAUGCCUCUAAUAUCAUCGUUUGCUGAGCUAGCUUUGGCCAAGAAAUUCCCGCCAUAUCAGUUCAAAACUAUCGAAGAACUGAAGCGGCUCAUCUUACGAAAAUGCGUCAAGUUGGAUCAAUAUAAAGAAAACCAGUAUUUCUCUUUCUGCAGUGUCAGCCCCGAAUGUUUUCACGAAUUAUUUACAAGAAAAGGAUAUCGAGUUCGAUUAGCGGGAGUUGAAUGAAUACGCCAGGAUUCUGUUCGUUGGUUUGUUAAUUGCAAUGUGUGAGCACUCACUGUCUGUCUUCUAAGUUAUUCUCAGCCAUAGGAUUUUUUUUUAUACAAUUGUGC